AUGAAGCGUCGGGCGAGCGACCCCGCAUUGGCUUUGCUAUCCAUUGAUCGAACGGAUGAGGCGGAAUGGCAAAGGAGGAUGGAUGAUCUCCAGAUGCGCAAUGAUAUCCUCACGUCUGCCUGUCUUCACUCUCUGCAAUUCAAUGGUGGUACUGUGAAUGACCAUCAUGCUGUACAAAUGGUGGAGACGCGACCUAAAGUGGCUUUUAAUAGCGGUAUUAAGGAGAUCAUGACCAGGAGGAGGUGUUGGCGGCAUCAAACCCCGGAGACCCGUCCAGCAAUGAAGUACACAUCAGUAAAACAAGAUGCUGAGCAGAAUAAACCUAGUAAAGAGUACACUCUCGAUGAGUAUAGGCAGGCUGCAGAGCAGUCAGCUGCCUCGGAGGGAUAUAUUGUCAAAAUGGAAGAGUUCGAGAAGAAGAAAACUGAUCUUCAAGAGGACUAUAAUAAACUCAAGACCCAAGAGUUGUCAUUGAGAAAAGAUAAUGAGAAGAAAGCUCCGGAAGUUGCUGUCGAAGUACCUGAUCAUGCUGUACUGAGACGACCAUCAUGGAUGAUAUUAACUGACGAGGAACGUAUGGAUGCUAGGGCAUUGCUGUGCCGGACAGGGUCAGAGUUACUGGCCCCCAAACAGUAUAAUAUCGACAUAACAGCACAUGCACUGUCGUGCCUACAGCAGGGACGAUGGCUCAAUGAUGAGGUGGUCAACUAUUACUUCAUGAUGCUACAGGAUCGGAGUGAUCGUCAUAAAAGGAAGCUCCCACGAGCAUUCCUUUGGAACUCGUUCUUCUGGCAGAAGCUCAGCUCCAAUGCCUCAGGCGCAUACUCGUACAAAUCAGUUGCGAGGUGGUCCAAGCGGCGGCAUGCUGAUAUCUUCUCCUUCGAUAUGAUGAUAGUGCCAAUCCAUGUUGGGAAAACACACUGGGCCCUUGGUGUGGUAGACUUGAAGGAUUGUACACUGAGCUACUAUGACUCACUUGGAGCAUCUCAUCCGAAGUUUUACGAGUACACAUGGAACCG